UCCAUUUUCAAGACGCACGCGACGACGCAGCCGACAGUAUCCCACGGGAACCGUCACCCACUGGACGUUUUCACGACAUCAAUUAGUUUGAAGUGAAGCAUGGAAGAAAAUGGAAAAUCGCCGGAAGUUUUUCGUUAGCGGGAAUCAAACUGAAUAUCUUCCGAUGGUUUCGAUGGACGGUGAAUCCCAUCCGGAGAUUACCCUGGCAGCGGUCGGACUUGGCGUGCUGGUGGCCUGCAUCAUCCUCAUCACCUUGAUCGCGUUUAUUACGCGCCGAAAGAGACAACUCUUCACCAACAUGGAGAGCGGCGCCCGCGAGAUGAACACCUCCUCCAAGCUGGACUCACCCGCGAUUCUAACCAUUUCCCAGCGAAUCGACACGACGACGCCCAGCAGCUACCGAAGAAGCUCCUCGACGCUGACCAUGUGCUCGGACGUGGUGACGCAAAUUUAAAGAAAGGGGGUUUGUCUUCUUCCAUGACGACGGCGACGAAUGACUGAGACUGAGUUUGUUGAAUAGCUGUGGGUUGCUAUUAAUGACUGUAUUAGGGAGUGAAUCUUUUAUUUAUAUGUAUUUAGUUUAAGACUUAAGAUAAAAACAAACUGUAUUUUACCGCUUUAGGAUAAAUGUGUUUUUACUACAAUAUGGCAAAUGUGUCUAAGAUAGAACCAUCAAAUGGUUGAUCACUAUUAAAGUUGUUAGCAAAAAAAAAAA